UUUUUGGCAGUGGCGCGAAGUCAAAAAAACAAAAUGAGGAAUCUCAUCCCUCCCAACUCUUCCCGCCAUUUUUCCUUUCAAAAAAUGCCACAAAAACCGUAGCAGAGAGCCUCGAAAACCCCUCGCAGGGUUUUCAUUCUCACCUUCUAACAGUCUCCCCCAACUCUCUCUGCCCCACCCCUCUCUCUCACACACACACACACACACACACUCUCUCUCUCUCUCUCGCGCCCCCAAAUAACCGAAAAUGGGAUCUGCAACGGUCUUGGAUUUGAAUCCAGCGGCCAUCAAAACCAACGGUGGCAACUCUUCAGGAAUGAAGAACAAGAGCAAAGGCAAAUCUUCUGCAAAGCCAAAUACUGCCUCAGCUGAUAUUGAACUUGACACCAAUGAGAUAGUGGUAGCUGACUCCAAAGAGAAGAAGCGAGGUCGGACAGAGAAAGAUGGAGAACCUGCAGUUUCUCGCAAAAUGCCAAAGCGUGCAGCUGCAUGUUCAGAUUUCAAGGAGAAAUCUGUACGUUUAUCUGAAAAGUCCUCAGUUGUUGAUACCAAACAGGAUCACUUGGUGGAAGAAGAGGUUGUUGCACUCCGGCUGACUAAGGGGGUUGGGAAGGAAGAUCCUCGGCCAACAAGAAAUCUUGUGGAUUUCAUCCUCCAUGAUAUUGAUGGAGUUCCACAGCCAUUCGAAAUGUCUGAGGUAGAUGAUUUAUAUGUUACUGCACUGGUCAUGCCCUUGGAGGAAACUUCGGGGAAAGAAAAGGACAAAGGUAUCAGGUGUGAAGGUUUUGGGCGGAUUGAGUCAUGGGCAAUCUCUGGUUAUGAAGAAGGGUCUCCAGUAAUUUGGAUUUCAACCGAUCUUGCAGAUUAUGACUGCAUUAAACCUGCAAAUAGCUACAAGAAGUACUUUGACCAUUUCUUUGAAAAGGCACGCACUUGCAUUGAAGUUUUCAAAAAAUUGUCAAAGUCUUAUGGAGGAAAUCCUGACUUGGGCCUUGAUGAAUUGCUUGCUGGGGUUGUCCGGUCAAUGAGUGGAAGCAAAAACUUUCCUGGCGGUGCCCCGAGCAAGGACUUCGUUAUCUCGUUGGGGAAUUUCAUCUAUAACCAACUGAUUGGUUUGGAUGAGACAUCUAAUAAAAAUGAUCAGCUCUUUACUGGAUUGCCUGUUCUUGUUGCACUAAGAGAUGAGUCUCAGAAGAGGGGAGAAUUUAACAAGAUGGUACCAAAGGUUUCAGAUAAGAGCCUGAAGAUUAAGGAGGGAGGGAAGUCAAACCAAUCUGGUUCGUCCACUAGCAUAGUUGAUGAAGAUGAGGAUGAGAAAAUGGCACGGUUGUUGCAGGAAGAAGAGUAUUGGAAAUCAAUGAAGAAAACGCGGCGUGCUCCAUCAUCAGCUUCGAACAAGUUCUACAUCAAGAUCAAUGAAGAUGAGAUUGCAAAUGACUAUCCUCUACCUGCAUAUUAUAAAACCUCUGUCCAAGAAAUGGAUGAAUAUGUCUUCUUUGACAAUGACACCAGUGUGUAUCCUGAUGAGCUUCCUCGAAGCAUGCUUCAUAACUGGUCACUUUACAAUUCAGAUUCAAGGCUUAUUUCUUUAGAGCUACUGCCAAUGAAACCAUGUGCUGAAGUUGAUGUAACAAUAUUUGGGUCGGGGGUGAUGACAGCAGAUGACGGAAGUGGGUUUUGUAUUGAUGCUGAUCCGGUGCAGUCUUCUUCAAGUGCAUUGGAAGCUGCAAAUGUGGAUGGCAUUCCUAUUUAUUUGAGUGCAAUCAAGGAAUGGAUGAUCGAGUUUGGUUCAUCGAUGGUCUUCAUUUCUAUCAGAACAGAUGGAGCCUGGUACAGGCUUGGGAAGCCAUCAAAGCAGUAUGCUACAUGGUAUGAACCAGUUUUAAAAACAGCAAGGCUUGCGAUAAGCAUCAUCACCUUGUUGAAGGAACAGACCAGAGUGUCAAGGCUUUCAUUUGCAGAUGUUAUUAAGAAAGUGUCAGAAUUUGAGAAGAAGCAUCCUGCCUAUAUUUCCUCAAUUCCUGCAGCAGUUGAGAGAUAUGUGGUGGUUCAUGGGCAGAUUAUUCUUCAGCAGUUUGCUGAAUAUCCAGAUGAGAUGAUCCGGAAGAGUGCUUUUGUCACUGGUCUUUCAGAUAAGAUGGAGGAGAGGCAUCAUACUAAGCUGGUGAUGAAGAAGAAGGUUGUGCUGAAAAAGGAAGUGAACUUGAAUCCCAGGGCAGGGAUGACACCAACAGUGACAAAGAAGGCAAUGCAGGCAACCACAACCAGGCUGAUCAAUCGAAUUUGGGGGGAAUACUAUUCAAACUACCUGCCAGAUGACUCAAAGGAGGGAACUGGCAAUGAACCCAAGGAAGAUGAAGAGGUAGAUGAGGAGCAAGAAGAGAAUGAAGAGGAAGUGGAAGAAGAAAAUGUGUUAGUACAAGAGAAGACUGCCAAAUCUCAUUCAGCUAAUAAACCACAAAAGUCCAAGUCUACCAGAGAGGAGAAUGGAUGGGAUGGGGAGUCAAUAGGCAAGAUGCGUUCUGGUGAGGUUCUUUAUAAGCGUGCUAGGGUAUGUGGAGAUAUAAUUGCCGUAGGUGGAGCUGUGUUGGUUGAAGCAGGUGAGUCAGAAGAAGCACUGGUUAUUGUCUUUGUGGAAUACAUGUUUGAAAGAUUAGAUGGUGAAAAAAUGGUUCACGGAAGGGUGAUGCAGAGAGGAUGCCAAACUGUUCUUGGAAAUGCAGCAAACGAGAGGGAGGUUUUCUUGACAAAUGAAUGCACAGAAGUUGAGUUGGGGGAUGUCAAAGAAAGUGUAACUGUCGAUGUUCGGUCGAUCUCAUGGGGACAUGAGCAUAGGAAGGGAAAUGCUAAUGCUGAUAAGGUUGACAGGGCAAAAGCUGAGGAAAGAAAAAAGAAAGGAUUGCCUGUUGAAUACUAUUGUAAAAGUUUGUAUUGGCCUGAGAAAGGUGCUUUCUUUAGUCUUCCUUUCGACACUAUGGGUCUUGGGUCUGGGGUUUGUCACUCUUGCAAGAUAAGAGAAGUUCAGGAGGAAGAGUUCAAAGUGAACUCUUCAAAGGCUGGUUUUGUCUACAAAAGGAUUGAAUACUCUGUUCAUGACUUUGUGUAUGUAAGUCCUCAGCAUUUUGCAUGGGAAGUAGAUGAGGAUGUUGCCACUUUCAAGGCUGGUAGAAAUGUGGGACUGAAGGCCUAUGUUGUGUGCCAGUUAAUGGAGAUUGAAGUCCCCAAAGGAUCUAAGAAAGCUGACCCAAAAUCCACCCAAGUCAAAGUCAGGAGGUUUUACAGAGCAGAGGACGUUUCAGCUGCAAAGGCAUACAGUUCUGAUGUCAGAGAGGUGUAUUACAGUGAAGAAACACUCAGUGUGCCAGUGGAGAUGAUAGAAGGGAAGUGUGAAGUUAGAAAGAAGCAUGAUCUUCCAUCUCUGGAUGGCCCUGCAAUCUUUGAGCAUAUCUUCUUCAGUGAAUACAUGUAUGAUCCUUCCAAAGGAGCCCUUAAGCAGCUGCCUGCUAGUGUCAAGUUGAGGUCCUUGACAGGAAAGGCAGUUCAUGGUACUGUAUCAAGAAAGGACAAGGGAAAGUGCAAGGAAGGAGAAAUCAAUGCUUCUGAUCAACAACAAGAUGCCCCUCAGGAGAAUCGUUUGGCUACUUUAGACAUUUUUGCUGGUUGUGGUGGUUUGUCUGAGGGAUUGCAACGUGCCGGGGUUUCAUUUACUAAAUGGGCAAUUGAAUAUGAGCAACCAGCAGCAGAGGCAUUUAACCUUAAUCAUCCAGACACUUUAAUGUUCAUUGAUAAUUGUAACGUGAUAUUGAGAGCUAUCAUGGAAAAGUGUGGGGAUAUAGAGGAUUGUAUUUCAACUUCUGAAGCUGCUGAAUUAGCAGCAAAGUUUGGUGAGGAGAAUGUCAAUAAACUGCCAGUGCCGGGUCAAGUAGAUUUCAUCAAUGGAGGUCCUCCAUGUCAGGGGUUCUCUGGAAUGAACAGGUUUAAUCAAAGCACUUGGAGUAAGGUCCAGUGUGAAAUGAUCUUAGCAUUUUUGUCCUUUGCCGAUUACUUCCGGCCGAAAUUUUUUCUUUUAGAAAACGUGAGGAAUUUUGUUUCUUUUAACAAAGGGCAGACAUUCCGAUUAACUCUUGCUUCGCUUCUUGAAAUGGGUUAUCAGGUGAGAUUUGGUGUUCUAGAGGCUGGAGCCUUUGGCGUUUCUCAGUCUAGAAAACGAGCAUUCAUAUGGGCAGCUUCUCCAGAAGAGACACUCCCAGAGUGGCCAGAGCCAAUGCACGUCUUUGCAGGCCCGGAACUGAAAAUCACAUUACCAGGGGAUGUACAGUAUGCUGCUGUCAGGAGUACAGCUGGAGGGGCACCCUUCCGUGCAAUAACUGUGAGAGAUACAAUUGGAGAUCUCCCACCCGUUGGAAAUGGAGCAUCUAAAACAGAGAUGGAUUAUGGAAAUGAUUCUGUGUCAUGGUUCCAAAAGCAAAUCCGAGGGAACAUGUUGGUCUUGAGUGAUCACAUAUCAAAAGAAAUGAAUGAGUUGAACUACAUCCGAUGCCAAAGAAUUCCAAAGCGCCCAGGUGCUGAUUGGCAUGACCUACCAGAAGAAAAGGUUAAACUGUCUACUGGUCAAAUGGUGGAUUUGAUACCUUGGUGCCUGCCAAACACAGCCAAGAGGCACAAUCAGUGGAAGGGACUGUUUGGUAGGUUGGAUUGGGAAGGAAACUUCCCAACUUCCAUCACAGACCCUCAGCCCAUGGGUAAGGUUGGCAUGUGCUUUCACCCUGAACAGGACAGGAUACUUACAGUUCGAGAAUGUGCGAGGUCUCAGGGUUUCCUUGAUAGCUAUAAGUUUUCUGGUAAUAUCCAAAACAAGCACAGGCAAAUUGGGAAUGCUGUCCCUCCUCCUUUAGCAUUAGCAUUGGGAAGGAAACUCAAGGAAGCUGUGGAUGCAAAGCGCCCUUCAGCUUGAAUAGUUUAGGUACUUCAACCAUUAUUCAAAUGAAUUGGUCUAUCAGCCAUUUUGUGCAUGUGCAUUAGUGUUCUAUGCUUUUGUAUUUGAAUAACUCUAAUUGAGUGCAAGAGUUGCAAUCCCCACCAUUAGUAAGGCUGUAUGGAUGGGAUUUUGGAUUCGCCAAAGUCUCAUUUGAAGUUAUUCAGAUGAUUUUCUUUC